AUGUCUGUCGCCGGUGCGAUUAACCCCUUGCCUACUGCACCCAUCCCAGCCGGGCCCACCACCACGACCCGCCGCCGUGUGGGUGAUUCUCUGGACGUAGUCUCCGAACGACCUUCGAAUUCCUCUGAUUUCUGCAGUACAGUCAAUUUAGCAUCCGCGAAUAGCGUCGCUGCAACGACGGAUUUGGACGGAGGAGAUGCGAGCGGUCAAGGUAGUCCUUGUUCUUCUCCAUCUUCGGAGGGUUCGUCGUCUACUGGAUCUCACUACCACCACGAUCGUUACCACCGAUAUUACAACCACCCAGCGAUUCGGUACCUUCUCCCCCGUAAAUUCCGGUUUCCGUUUUUCAACGGCGGCGGUGGUGGUGGAUCGGCGACCAUAGUGGGGCAAGGGUUGAGAUCGGGAAGAAACGUGGGGCGUCGGAUCUUGGGUCUCCUCAUGGCUCUCGUGGUCGCGUCCGUCUUCCUCAGUGUCUACCUCAUAGGUGGUGUACGCGUGGUUGACCCCGCGCGAUUGAACGAGUUUGUCGUCGUUAGAACGAUCCGUGACGACCGGUCGAUGGCUCAACGUGAAGUCGAGGAAAACCAAGCUUCGUCUCAGCCAAUGCGCGUUCUCGAAAAGCUUCCCAUUCCGGAAAUUUGGCAGAAACCUGAAAGCGGGAAUUAUCGUCAAUGUGUGGCGCGUCCUAAGAACCAGACAAGACUAUACCGGAAGACCAAUGGGUAUCUUAUAGUACACGCAAAUGGAGGAUUGAAUCAGAUGAGAACCGGGAUAUGUGACAUGGUUGCUGUUGCCAAGAUUAUGAAUGCAACUCUCGUUCUUCCUCUUCUUGACCACGAAUCCUUCUGGACUGAUCCAAGCACGUUCAAAGAUAUAUUUGACUGGAGAAACUUCAUGAACGUACUGAAACAUGAUGUGGACAUUGUUGAGUACUUGCCUCCUCAGUAUGCCGCCAUGAAGCCUCUUCUCAAGGCACCUAUUUCUUGGUCAAAGGCUAGUUACUACAGAAGCGAAAUGGUGCCACUGUUGAAGCGCCACAAGGUGUUAAAGUUCACGCUUACUGACUCACGUCUUGCUAACAAUGGCUUGCCACCUUCGAUCCAACGACUGAGAUGUCGUGCUAAUUACCAGGCACUAGUGUACAGCGAAGAGAUCGAGGACCUUGGAAAGGUUUUGGUUAACCGGUUAAGAAACAACAGUGAGCCAUAUAUCGCUCUGCAUCUGAGAUAUGAGAAGGACAUGCUUGCCUUUACAGGAUGCAACCACAAUCUUACUGCUGAGGAAGCCGAAGAUCUGAAAAUCAUGAGGUACAGUGUCAAACAUUGGAAGGAGAAAGAGAUUGACAGCCGAGAGAGACGGGUUCAAGGGGGAUGUCCAAUGACUCCGCGAGAAGCGGCCAUAUUCCUCAAGGCAAUGGGAUAUCCGUCGUCCACGACUAUAUAUAUAGUUGCUGGUGAAAUCUUUGGAAGCAAGAGUAUGGAUGCCUUCCGUGAAGAGUACCCAAAUGUCUUCUCUCAUUCAACUCUUGCCACUGAAGAAGAGUUGGAACCUUUCAGUCAAUACCAAAACCGCCUUGCUGCUUUGGACUACAUUUUGGCCCUUGAAAGCGAUGUUUUCAUGUAUACAUAUGAUGGCAAUAUGGCUAAGGCGGUACAAGGACACAGGAGGUUUGAAGGGUUUAGGAAGUCGAUAAACCCAGACAGGCUGAAUUUUGUUAGACUGAUAGAUCAUUUUGACGAGAAUGUCAUAUCAUGGGAAGAGUUUGCUUCGGAGGUUAAGAGAUUAAAUAGAGGCAGGAUUGGAGCGGCGUAUGCGAGACUGCCUGCUGCAUUUCCAAGGCUAGAGGAGAAUUUUUAUGCAAACCCACAACCUGAUUGCAUCUGUGACAAGUCUCAUCCUGAACAACUCUGGAAAAAAUCAAGUCUAAGAACGGAGUCAAAGACAUGGAAGAAGAGUGCUUUAAGAUAG